AUGUCAUGGGUUCUCAACGCUAAGAUUCACCUAGUUGCUAAGGGUCUUAGUGCUACUAUUACCUCAGAUAAUGCAGCGUCGAGUCAGGACAAGGCCAAUGCUAUGAUUUUUCUUUGUCAUCAUCUGGAUGAUGGACUGAAGGUUGAAUACCUUAAAGUGAAAGAUCCACUUGAAUUGCGGAUUGAUUUGAAGGAAAGGAUUGUUUCCCAAUUGAAAUUAUGUGGGGAAACUAUAAAUGUUGAGGACAUGGUGGAAAAUAGACUUACUACUUUUCAUGCCUCAAAUGUGAUAUUGCAGCAGCAAUACCAUAAAAAGGAUUUUCAAAAGUAUUCUGAAUUGAUCUCAUGUCUUCUGGUAGCUGAGCAACACAAUGCCCUAUUGAUGAAAAAUCAUGAAGCUCAUUCCACUGAAGCUGCUCCACUACCGGAAGAAAAUGGGGUACAAGCACAUGGCCAGCCUGAAAGACGAGAACGAUAUAAUAAUCAUCGUAGUGAUGGUAAUCAGAAAAGGAAGAACCAAAUGAGUCCUCAAAAUAAUCCUUCAAGAGGUAAUUGUCAUCGUUGUGGCAUGAAAGGCCACUGGAAGAAUGAAUGUUGGGCGGCUAAGCAUCUUGCUAGGCUUUAUCAAGAAACUUUAAAAAGAAAGAGAAAUGAAUAUGAGACCUCUUCUAAUGCCCGGAUGGAGUCACAUUUGACUUUCAAAAAUGAUGAUGAAGCAGGACCUUCACAAAAAUAUGAUGACAAUGUUGAGGCAAACUUGGUCUUAAAAGAUGAUGAUUUUGAUGGCCUUGAUGAUAUAACUCAUUUGGAAGUUGAAGACUUCUUUGGAGAUCAAAACUAA